CUGUAAAUUGUAGGUACAAAGUAUUAUGUUAUUUGAUUUUAACCACCAGUUAAAUGGGUGUAAUUUAAGGUUUAUAUAUUUCUUCUAAAUAUAAAUAAUAAGGGGAACAGGAUGGCAAUGUUUUCUCAGUCAACUGAGGAUAAAGGCUCUGAUUCCUUUAUAGACUUUUGUUGUUCACCAUGUCAUGAGCACAAAACUGUUCAGUGGGCGGAGUUUUACUGUGAUAACUGCGAAAAAUUUUAUUGUGCAAAAUGCAUUAACCUUCAUGGUCAGUUGUUUGGGACACAUGCGACAUAUGGAAGGGGAGACACAAGUAAGUGGCCAGUGUCCAAGGAAGUGGAGGAUUUCCUUCAGAAAUGUGACCUUCACGAAGACAAACGUCUGGAAAUGUACUGCAAUGACCACAGUCAGCUGUGCUGCACUGAUUGUGCUUUCCUAAAUCAUAGACAAUGUGCUAAAGUAACACUGAUAUCCGAGUCAGUCAAAGGACCCCCACCAGAUUUGCAGCUACUAGCAAGAAAUAUCCUAACUAUUCUUAAAGAAAUCAAGAAACUUCAGAAUUAUUGGGAUACCAACAUGCAGUCUUUGCAGGUUUCAUACGACAAACAAUUACAUGAAAUACAUAAAACACGCAAAAAAAUAAAUAGUAUUCUAGACAAGAUUGAAAAAAACACCAUGAAAGAGCUAGAUGAUAAGUUGACCAAUCUUAAAGCUUCUGUCAAGACUGAUACGGACAAUUGCAGCAAGCUAAAAAAUGAUCUCGAACAACUCAGUGGCGCAAUACAUGACGUUGUUGAUAAAGGCAAAGUGGAACUGUCAUUUAUUGCCAGUAAGAAAUGUCUGGAAAAGAUGUAUCAUUCUGUAACUUAUCUGAAGGAGAACUCAGUUCAGGUUGAAAGUUCACUGACAUUCCAGGCCGACAGUGAUGUUCAACAGUACUUGUCUAAAUUGUCCGGUCUAGGGGGGUUUGUACUCAGUACCAAGGCAUUAUCGGUACUACACCAGGCAUUCUGCUUCACUGUGCAAGGAAAGUCAGAGUAUAAUGUGAGCAUACCAAGUGAUUCAGAUAGAAGCUGCCGUAUCACCGCCAUUUGUGUUCUAACUGAUGAUGAGAUCCUUGUUGCAGACGAAGCUAAUAAACGAGUUAAGCUACUCAAUCAUCAAUACCAGGUGGUGGGACAUUGUGAUUUAACUGGUUAUCCAAUUGAUAUGUGUCAAAUGACACAAAAUGAAGUAGCUGUUGCUGUGAAUACGUAUGACACACAUGAGGUCCUGUUUGUCUCUGUGAAAAAUGGGCAGCUGGUUAUGGGCAGGAAGCUGCAGUUUCAGCAUAACUGCUAUGGUAUUGCUCAUGAUCUGCAAGACCUGUAUCUCACCUCUGGCACUGCACUUUACAAGUAUUCAAUGAAAGGAGCCCUGUUGAAAAAGUUGUAUGAAGAUAGAUCAUGCAAAUUCACAGAUAGGUGUGCAGUGAGUCCUUCGGGUGAAAAGAUAUUUGUCACCAACAAAUCCCAUAGCAAGGUCCUCACCCUUGCCAGAGAUGGUACAGUUCUCCACACCUUCCCAGACCUACAAAACCCAACAGGUAUUCAUGUGACUGAUCUGGGACAGGUGCUGGUCUGUGAAUUUUCUGCAUCAGAAAUCCUACAACUGGAUGGUGAAGGCAAGAAGAAGCUGGCCACUCUUGCUACCAAGAAGGAUGGUCUUGAUAAUACACUCUCAGUCUGCUUCCAAAGGAGUACAGCAUCCCUCAUUGUGGGACAAGCACUUAGUAAAAACAUUGUUGUGUUUAAAGUAAUAUAGUUUUGUUUGACAAGUUUCUGUAAAAACAUUUUGGAAUAUGUACUUUACAUGAAUUCUUGGCCACACCAAACUUGUAUUCAGUAUUACGUUUCAUCGCAUAAUUCACAUGGAUGAUUUAAUCGGGCGCCAACGCUCUGCUGCUGAUGCAGUUUAGAAUAAAUGAAAGCUUGUCAGAAUUAUUUGUUUAAUUUUUUCAAAGUUGUAGGUGAAAGCACUUUGAGUUUAGAGCCAAUGUUCAAAAGGUUGGCAAAAUGUAAAUGUUUUAGCACGACGCCAGAAGACGAGCUGGCUAUGACAAUACCUCGGGUUUUCUCCGAAAACAGCCGAGCUAAAAAUGAAUAACAUUUACAUGUACAUACAUAAUUUAUUUGUGGUUAUGUUCUACAAUAUUUUGGUGUAAUUUUUAUGCAAAGUAAAAAAAACGGCUGAGUGCAAUUAACGAGGGAAGGUCUUACAUUUUCUUUUCUUUUUUAACAGUCACCAUGAGUUCUAUCCUAAAAAAAUAUAAAGUUAUAUAGAUUUAUAAUUAUGUAUUGUACAGACUUCUUUAAUUGUUGUUUUUAGAUUAUACUUUUGUUGAUUAUAGUUAUAUAUGUAUUUACUUAUGUCAUUCAAGCUAUCUGCCUAUACCGUUCACAUUGUUUUGCUGAAUAAAUUUACUUUUACUGAUGUUCACAUUCUCCUUUCCAUUUUCUUCCAAUCAAAUAAACAAGUAUUUGCAUUAUCUGUUUACUACAUAAAUAGACAUGAUUUUGUGUAUUAAAGUUACAUUUGCAUUAUCUGUUUACUACAUAAAUAGACAUGAUUUUGUGUAUUAAAGUUACAUUUGCAUUAAUUGUGUUACUACAUGAAUAGACAUUAUUUUGUGUAUUAAAGUUACAUUUGCAUUAUCUGUUUACUACAUAAAUAGACAUGAUUUUGUGUAUUAAAGUUACAUUUGCAUUAAUUGUGUUACUACAUGAAAAGACAUUAUUUUGUGUAUUAAAGUUACAUUUCCAACAA